UAGAUGGUUCAGUCCACAUCCCACUGCCUAGCCUAAUCGAGUGCAAAAAUAUCCCAAAUGACAGAGACGAGAUCCCCACACCCAGUGCAGCUAGACACCACAGCCAUCUAAAGUCAGUGGCCCACCUCAUUCCUGCCUUGGACUCUAACGCCCCCAUACUAAUGCUUCUCGGACGGGAUGUCAUUAGAGCUCACAAAGUCCGCAAACAGAUAAGUGGCCCUAACAACGCACCUUAUGCUCAAAAAUUGGACCUAGGAUGGGUCAUAGUAGGAAACGUGUGUUUAGGCGACGUCCACAAAACUCCUGCAGUAAGGACUCUGUUCACAAAUACAACUGAAAGGGGACGUCCCACAGCGUUCGAGCCAUGUCCUAAUGUUUUCAACAUAAAAGAGAAACAUUGUGGGAUACAAGUUCCACUCAACUUCAGCCCCCAGCUUGCAGACAGUGCUUGUGAACCUGAUCAUUUAGGAUGUAAUGUGUUCAAACAAACGAGAAACGACAACUACAUCUCACCUUCCAUCCAGGACAAUGCCUUCUUAAAAAUAAUGGAGGAAGGACUAACAAAGGACACGAAUAACAGUUGGACAGCUCCUUUACCAUUUAAGAAUCCACGCCGAAAGCUCCCUAACAACAGACCACAGGCCCUGAAUCGCCUAAUGUCUCUUCUUCGUACCUUUGAAAAGAAAAAAGAGAUGAAGGAACAUUUCAUCACUUUCAUGGACAAAAUAUUCCAAAACAAACAUGCAGAGGUUGCCCCUCCACUAAAAGAGGAUGAGGAAUGUUGGUAUCUGCCACUAUUUGGUGUCUACCAUCCCCGUAAACCCACGCAGAUCAGGGUCGUCUUCGACAGCAGCGCCAAGUAUGAAGGCGUAUCCCUGAAUGACGUUCUGUUAACAGGACCAGAUUUUAAUAACUCAUUGCUUGGGGUCCUAUUACGCUUCAGAAAAGAAGCCAUUGCCUUCACAGCAGACAUCGAACAGAUGUUCUACUGUUUCAGCGUGCAAGAGCAAGACAGGAACUACUUACGUUUCUUGUGGUUCCGCGACAAUGACAUUUCCAAAGAAAUUGUGGAGUAUAGAAUGACAGUCCACGUCUUUGGGAACAGCCCAUCGCCAGCAGUGGCCAUAUAUGGCCUGCACCAGUCUGUCCUACGCGUCGAACCAGACUGCGAUGCAGAUGUGAAGCAGUUUGUCAUGCGCGACUUCUACGUUGAUGACGGACUCAAAUCUCUACCUACUGUUGAAAAGGCCAUAUCUCUACUCCAAAGAACCCGAGAUGCACUUGCAAACUCAAAUUUAAGACUGCAUAAAAUAGCAGCAAACAGAAAGGAAGUACUAGAGGCAUUCCCGACUCAAGAUCAUGCCAAAAAUCUAAAAAACCUGGACUUUGAAGCUGAUUCAGUGCCCAUGCAGCGUAGCCUAGGUCUCCUCUGGGACCUAAGUAAAGACUGCUUCACCUUUGAAGUAUCUGAUGAGUCAAAGCCCUUUACUAGGCGAGGUGUUCUAUCAACAAUAAACAGCCUCUAUGAUCCGCUGGGCUUUGUAGCACCAGUCACCAUACAGGGAAAGUCAAUUCUUCGUGAACUUACAGCUGAAAAUGGGGACUGGGAUGCUCCACUGCCUCCUGAAAUGGAAGAGUCCUGGACACAGUGGAAAGACUCACUCAAAGACUUGUCUAACAUGAUCAUUCCUAGGGCAUACACAGACAUUUCACCUUCAACAGCUGUGAAAAAAGAGUUGUGUGUUUUUUCAGACGCAUCUACCAAAGCCAUAGCCGCAGUGGCCUAUUUAAAAGUGACAGAUGCAGAAGGACACAGUCAAGUAGGCUUCGUAAUGGGUAAGGCUAAGCUAGCACCACGCCCAGAUCAGACUAUUCCAAGAUUAGAGCUUAGUGCUGCCGUUUUAGCGGUUGAGCUCGCAGAUCUUAUCUCAGAUGAACUUGACUGUAAACUAGAUCACACUACCUUCUACACAGACAGUAAAGUAGUCCUAGGUUACAUCUACAACGAGUCUAGAAGAUUUUAUGUCUAUGUCAGUAAUCGUGUGACUAGAAUCCGCAGAUCUUCUCAGCCAUGCCAGUGGCACUAUGUAGCAAGCAGUCAGAACCCUGCGGAUCACGCCACUCGUUCUGUUCCUGCAUACCAGCUGCCACUUAGUAACUGGCUCACUGGUCCUGACCUUUUGCAUCAGAUUCAGAGUUCUCUAAAUGACUCCUAUGACCUUGUAGAGCCCAGCAUGGACUCAGAUGUAAGACCUCAGGUAACUGCACUCAAAACAACAGCCUCAACUAAAGAACUGGGCUCAGACAGAUUCACCAAGUUUUCUACCUGGAAAUCCCUCACACGUGCUCUUUCUAGACUAAUACAUGUCAUCCACAACUUCAAAUCACCACCAAGCAAAGCCAAUCACUGCCAUGGCUGGCAUUACUGUGAAACGGGACUUACUGUGGAUGAGUUAAACCAAGCUCAGAACCUUGUCAUUCAAGCAGUACAGCAGGACGUGUACGCUGAAGAAAUCAAGUGUGUGCAAAAACAUGGAAAACUACCCAAAACCAGUCCUCUCAAAAACUUAGACCCCUAUCUGGACAAAGAAGGACUCCUUAGAGUAGGUGGUCGCAUCAGAGACUCAAACAUUAGCCAAGGUGAGAAAAACCCUCUCAUAGUUCCUGGCCACCACCAUGUUGCAGCGCUUCUCAUAAAGCACUACCACGAGCAGACCCAGCAUCAGGGUCGCCUUUUCACAGAAGGAACCGUUCGCUCCGCAGGAUGGUGGAUAGUGGGCGGUAAAAGAAAAGUGAGCACAAUCAUCCAUCACUGUGUUACCUGCAAAAGACUUCGUGCCCCUUUGAGCACACAAAAAAUGUCAAACCUCCCUCCAGACCGUCUCACAACAGAUCCCCCGUUCACAAAUGUGGGCUUAGAUGUGUUUGGUCCGUGGUUUGUGUCUUCACGACGUACAAGAGGAAGCGUCAAUCAGAAUAAAAGUUUUACCCUUUUGAAUGUCAGUAAACCUGUUGACAACGAUCAUCGGUCUCCAGAGUGGUGAUAUGAGAAAGGUGUUAACGCCCCUGCAUCAGACAUGCACCCAUAACGGCACAGUAGAUAAAACCGGCAAUCGUCAGCAUAUAGAUGAAACAUAGCUGGACUGGCCAUCGGGCAUACCGGGAAUUUGCCCGGUGGGCCGCUCGUGAUUUUUCGUUUUUAUGGGCCGAUGGGGUUUUAUUUCUUUUAUUUUUUCAACGGUAUAAAUGAAUAGUGGUGUAUUGGCCAGUUGGUCAUGAUCGACUCUGGGCUGGACCAAUUACAGCCGAGGAGGUCGAACUUUAAAGUUGAGGUGAAAAGCAACGCGAUUUGUCCCGAUCAGCUGAUCGGCUUUUCUCUCUGCGUCAGAAAGAGCAAACCAGCGGAGGUCACGUUAAACAACAGAAGCACCUUUAAACUUGAUGAGCUGUUGUUAGAAUUUAUUUAAUAUUAAUUUCUAGUAUCAGCUGAUGUUUGCUGGAGGGAUGAAGGGUUGAAGGGAAGUUAUGAACUGUUUC